CUGAUCAGAUGGAAGAACUGAACGCCCCCAUGAUGACGCGGCUCUGGGUGUUUGCCAUCGGCCUUGUCCUGAUCUCCAUUUUUGGCAGAUGUGCAACAUGGACCAAGAGUAAAUGCUGCUUCAUAGCUUUUGCAGUGAUCAACGGCGUCGGAAUGGUCGUCAUGAUCGUCUUUGGGAUUAAUGUUGCUGUUUUAAAAAGCCAGGUCAUGGAAAAAGGUCAAAGUGCUGAAUUUGCCAAGGAGAUCCUGAAAAACGACGCAAAAAAAGAAUUGCUAAAAACCCGGCAAGAACAUCUUCACUGUUGUGGAUGGACUGGAGUCCAGGACUGGGGUUCAGACAUCCCUGACUCUUGUCACUGUAUAGACUGCAAACCUUCACAUGAAUGUAAACCCAGCCCACAGGGAUCCACCAGGCCAUCACACGUCUACUCCAAGCCGUGUGGAGAAAUCAUUGGAGCUGAUGUUGAACAUGUGGCAAAUAUUGUUCUCGGCAUCUUUUUUGGAUUUGCUGUAGCUGCUAUGAUGAGUUUGAUCAUCGCCAUCAAAAUGAUUACGCAGUUCAGUCGUCAUGACAACGUCGGAGAGCCAGAUAUUGAAAUGAGGGUUUAUUAA